GCCGCCAUGUUGUUUGUGCCGUGUUGUCAGUAGCAGCUUCAGAGGAUCGUUACUGAUUCACAGCUGAUUUACCUGCAGAGACACAGCCUCACCUGGACCUGAGGACACCUGAGGACUCUCACCUGGACGGUCCUCAGCUCACCUGAGACUCUGCUACCUGUCAGUGACGCUGCGGUUUAUCAGCUGUUAGUGGUUAGCUCCCAAGCUAACUGAGGAACUGUGAGCAGCUUCAGGGGAAACAGAUCAGCCCUCGAUGGCGACCUUCCCAGAGUUCAUCUCUCAGAACGAGGACCGGGACGGGGUCCGGCUCAGCUGGAACGUCUGGCCCUCGUCCCGUCUGGAGGCGACCCGGCUGGUGGUCCCUCUGGCGGCGCUGCUGUCCCCCCUGAGAGAGAGAGAGGACCUGCCCCCCAUCCAGUAUGAACCUGUGCUCUGCAGCAGGGCCACAUGCAGAGCAGUGCUGAACCCCCUGUGUCAGGUGGACUACAGAGCCAAGCUGUGGGCCUGUAACUUCUGCUACCAGAGGAACCAGUUCCCUCCAUCCUACGCGGGGAUCUCGGAGGUGAACCAGCCGGCCGAGCUGCUGCCUCAGUUCUCCACCAUCGAGUACGUGGUGCAGCGCGGGCCCCAGAUGCCCCUGGUGUUCCUCUACGUGGUGGACACCUGUCUGGAGGAGGAGGACCUGCAGGCUCUGAAGGAGAGCCUCCAGAUGUCUCUCUCUCUGCUGCCCCCCGCCUCUCUGGUGGGCCUCAUCACCUUCGGACGCAUGGUGCAGGUCCACGAGCUGCAGGGCCCUGAAGGCAUCGCCAAGAGCUACGUGUUCCGGGGGGCCAAGGACCUGAGCGCCAAGCAGCUGCAGGAGAUGCUCGGUCUGACCAAACCUGCAGCGGCUCAGACGAGAGGAGCCCAGCCCGCCCCCAGCCCGCUCUGCAACAGGUUCCUGCAGCCGGUGCAGAAGGUGGACAUGACCCUCACUGACCUGCUGGGGGAGCUGCAGAGAGACCCCUGGCCCGUCACUCAGGGGAAGAGACCUCUGAGGUCGCUGGGGGUCGCCAUGUCCAUCGCUGUGGGGCUGCUGGAGUGCACCUUCCCAAACACAGGGGCCCGCAUCAUGACCUUCCUGGGGGGUCCGGCCACUCAGGGGCCCGGCAUGGUGGUGGGGGACGAGCUGAAGACCCCCAUCAGGUCCUGGCACGACCUGGAGAAGGACAACGCCAAGUUCAUGAAGAAGGCCACCAAGCACUACGAGGCUCUGGCUAACAGAGCGUGUGCUAACGGUCACAUCAUCGAUAUCUACGCCUGCGCUCUGGAUCAGACCGGCCUGCUGGAGAUGAAGUGCUGCCCCAACUACACCGGGGGCUACAUGGUGAUGGCGGACUCCUUCAACACGUCUCUCUUCAAGCAGACCUUCCAGAGAGUUUUCACUAAAGACGUGCAGGGAUCCUUCAAGAUGGCCUUCAACGCCACGCUGGAGGUCAAGACCUCCAGAGAGAUCAAAGUCUCCGGAGCCAUCGGGCCCUGUGUGUCUCUGCACGCUAAAGGACCCUGCGUCUCAGAGAACGAGAUCGGGACAGGAGGAACCAGUCAGUGGAAGAUCUGCGGUCUGGACCCCAGCACCACUCUGGCUCUGUACUUCGAGGUGGUCAACCAGCACAACGCUCCGAUCCCUCAGGGCGGCCGGGGGGCGAUCCAGUUCGUCACUCAGUACCAACACUCAUCUGGACAGAGACGCAUCAGAGUGACCACCACCGCCAGGAACUGGGCGGACGCUCAGUCUCAGAUCCAGAGCAUCGCCGCGUCCUUCGACCAGGAGGCGGCGGCCAUCUUGAUGGCUCGGCUGGCCGUGUACCGGGCGGAGACGGAGGAGGGGCCGGACGUCCUGCGCUGGCUGGACCGCCAGCUCAUCAGACUGUGCCAGAAGUUUGGAGAUUACCACAAAGACGACCCCAACUCCUUCAGGUUCUCUGAGACCUUCUCUCUCUACCCUCAGUUCAUGUUCCACCUGCGGCGCUCCCCCUUCCUCCAGGUGUUCAACAACAGUCCUGAUGAGAGCUCAUAUUACAGACAUCAGUUCAACAGACAAGACCUGACGCAGGCGCUCAUCAUGGUGCAGCCGGUGCUCUACGCCUAUUCAUUCAGUGGGCCCCCUGAGCCGGUGCUGUUGGACAGCAGCAGCAUCCUGCCUGACAGAAUCCUGCUGAUGGACACCUUCUUCCAGAUCCUCAUCUACCACGGAGAGACGGUGGCUCAGUGGAGGAAGGCGGGCUAUCAGGACUUGUCGGAGUACGAGAACUUCCGGCACCUCCUCCAGGCUCCGGUGGACGACGCUCAGGAGCUGCUUCACGCUCGCUUCCCCAUGCCGAGAUACAUCGACACGGAGCACGGAGGCAGCCAGGCCCGGUUCCUGCUCUCCAAAGUGAACCCCUCUCAGACGCACAACAACAUGUACGCCUAUGGACAGGAGUCUGGAGCUCCCAUCCUGACAGACGACGUCAGUCUGCAGGUGUUCAUGGAUCACCUGAAGAAACUGGCUGUUUCCAGCGCUGCGUGAUCACCUCUGACACACCUGACCUUCACCUGACCUCCCCUUGUUACCUGACCUUCACCUGACCUCCACCUGACCUUAACCUGACCCCCCCCUCCUCACCUGUCCGUUAUGUUUGCUCUUUAUUUGCUGCCUGUGUUCCCGUGGCGACCAGCUGAACCUCAAAGGUUCUGUUAGUGUUUGAUCGUCUGUGAGCCCGUUAGAGUCCAGGUGUUUACACUCUAUCAGCUGAUCAAUUAACCUGUUAACGAGAGGGAGGAGGAACGCUAACCUGUUCAACGUUUGCAUGUUUAAUAUCAUCUGUGUUCAGUUCAUAUCCAAUACUGCUUGUUGUUGUUGUUGUUGAUCAUACUUUAUUGACUCUGUUGUAUCCUAUAAUAUAAUAACAUAAAGAACAAGCAGUGCCCAAA